UCGCGAGGGUAGGUGCGCGUCCGUGUUUUGCGGGCAACUAGCUCUCCCAGCAGCUGUAAUUGCCGCUGCGGGAGAUAUUGGAGCUGCUGUCGUCCGCGCACCCGCCCUCCCCCACUGAGGAGAGCCACCGCCUCUUUCGCUCUUUUCACACACCUAUCGCCGGGAGCGGCGGCAGCAACAGUCCCUGGAUCCACCGCCGCCUCCUCAGACGGCCGCUCUGCUGGUUAUUGCCUCAGUCCGGCAGUUGCCGGCGGCCCCCUGUCCAGCUCCUCUCUUCAGAUCGUCUGCUCCCUCCUCAUCCUCUCCGGGACCCACCUCCCCACGGUUCGCCGGGGUGGAGGACGACGAGGAGGAGACGAGAGUCACCCUACCUCCAGGCGGCGCCGGCCCCCUCACCCCCGGGUGUGUCCUAUAAAUGGCGUCGGAAAGCGACACGGAGGAAUUCUUUGAUGCCCCUGAAGAUGUGCACCUGGAGGGCGGCGACCCUAUCGGGUAUCCAGGAAAAGUUGAGAUUUCAGCAUUAAAGGAAACAGAGAACUCUGCAUACAAAGUUGGAAAUGAGUCCACUGUACAAGAACUGAAACAAGAUGUAUCUAAAAAGAUUAUUGAAAGUAUUAUUGAGGAGAGUCAGAAAGUAAUACAGCUUGAAGAUGAUUCUUUGGAUUCCAAAGGAAAAGGACAGUCUGAUCAGGCUACUGCCAGUCCUGUCACAGCUGGAACAGAUCUUAGCAAUAUACCUGGACUGUUAACCAUAGAUCAAGUACUGCAGGAAGAUUCCCAGAAGGCAGAGAGUCAGGAUGUAUCUGAAGAAACUGAAUUAGAAUCAAAACAGUGUUUUCCUUCUGAUGACACAUGUGAGAAGCCAGUAGAUGAAACCACAAAGUUAACUGAAAUAAGUUCAACUGCACAGCUUAAUGUGCCUGAAACUGUAACAGAAGUGUUGAACAAGGAAGAAGUAGAAGUCAAAGAAAGUGAUGUUCUAGAAUCUGCAUCCUCACACUCCUUAUCUAUGAAAGAUUUUGCUGUAGUGGAAGAAGUUGCACCUGCCAAACCGCCAAGACAGCUUACUCCAGAACCUGAUAUAGUAGCUAGUACAAAGAAGCCUGUUCCAGCACGCCCACCCCCUCCAGCUAACUUCCCACCUCCUAGGCCCCCACCUCCAUCUCGACCUGCUCCACCACCAAGAAAAAAGAAGAGUGAAUUGGAGUUUGAGGCUCUUAAGACACCUGAUCUAGAUGUUCCCAAAGAGAAUAUUACAUCUGAUACUCUCCUAACUACAAACAUGGCUUCAGAGAGUACAGUCAAAGAUUCUCAGCCUUCUCUUGAUUUGGCAAGUGCUACCAGUGGAGAUAAAAUAGUUACUGCCCAGGAAAAUGGAAAAGCACCUGAUGGGCAGACAAUAGCCGGUGAAGUGAUGGGCCCUCAGAGACCUAGAUCCAACUCUGGGAGAGAGCUUACUGAUGAGGAAAUUUUAGCCAGUGUAAUGAUUAAAAACCUAGAUACUGGAGAAGAAAUACCUUUGAGUCUUGCAGAAGAGAAACUGCCAACGGGUAUUAAUCCUCUCACUCUACACAUCAUGAGAAGGACUAAGGAAUAUGUAAGUAAUGAUGCAGCACAGUCGGACGACGAAGAGAAGUUACAGUCUCAACAAACAGAUACUGAUGGUGGACGGUUAAAACAGAAAACGACUCAACUAAAGAAGUUCCUAGGAAAAUCAGUAAAGAGAGCGAAGCACCUUGCUGAGGAAUAUGGUGAACGUGCUGUAAAUAAAGUUAAAAGUGUUAGAGACGAAGUUUUUCAUACUGAUCAAGAUGAUCCUUCAUCAAGUGAUGAUGAAGGAAUGCCAUACACAAGACCAGUUAAAUUCAAAGCAGCACAUGGCUUCAAAGGACCUUACGAUUUUGAUCAGAUCAAAGUGGUACAAGAUCUUAGUGGUGAACAUAUGGGAGCUGUGUGGACCAUGAAAUUUUCUCACUGUGGCAGAUUACUUGCCUCUGCUGGACAAGACAAUGUAGUGAGAAUAUGGGCUUUAAAAAAUGCUUUUGACUAUUUCAACAAUAUGCGAAUGAAAUACAAUACAGAAGGACGUGUGUCCCCAUCACCUUCUCAGGAAAGUCUAAAUUCAUCAAAAUCUGAUACAGAUACAGGGGUAUGCAGUGGAACUGACGAAGACCCUGAUGAUAAAAAUGCACCAUUUCGACAACGGCCGUUUUGCAAAUAUAAAGGACAUACUGCUGAUCUGCUUGAUCUUUCCUGGUCUAAAAACUACUUUCUGCUUUCUUCUUCAAUGGAUAAAACAGUCAGAUUAUGGCACAUUUCCAGAAGAGAAUGCCUUUGCUGUUUUCAGCAUAUAGAUUUUGUCACUGCCAUAGCUUUCCAUCCAAGACACAUAAUGCAGUUGUUACAUCAGCUAUCUUUGCUCCAAACCCAAGUUUGAUGUUGUCUUUGGAUGUGCAA